AUGAGCCAGUACAAUAUCACGAACCUGCCUCCAGGUGUUACUAUCGAUGACAUCUCACCCUACGGCUAUGUUCCUACACGAGCCAUUUCUUUCCUCUUUCUUGCACUCUUCGGUCUCAGCACAGCAACACAUCUAGCACAAGCGAUAUACUUCAGAUUAUGGUUCCUACUCCCUACCGUGGUACUCUGCGGUCUCGGCGAGUUGACUGGCUGGAGCGGCCGACUAUGGUCAUCCUACAAUAUUCAAAAUGACAAUGCCUUCCUCAUGCAGAUAACGACCACCAUCAUCUCGCCCACACCCUUGAUCGCUGCCAACUUCAUCAUGCUUGGAAGGAUCAUCUAUAGACUUGGGGAGGGCUACAGCCGACUGAACCAGCGGUGGUAUACCCGCAUUUUCUUGUCCUGCGACAUCAUUGCUCUCGUCAUUCAAGGUGCUGGUGGUGGCAUCGCCUCUAGUGCCAACGACAAGGCCGGCUCAGACCUCGGUGCCAACAUUAUGCUGGCCGGUAUCAUCUUCCAGCUUGUCUGCAUAAUCAUCUAUACGGCGCUCGCGGCGGAGUUCCUUUGGCACUACGUCAAGGACCGUCCUUUCCGCCGCGCGUUUGUAUAUGAGCAUCGCUCUCAGACGCCUCGCCGCUUGAAGAUCAUGCUUCUCGGCAUGUGCAUCAUGACCGUGCUCUUGUUCAUCCGGUCGAUCUACCGUACUGUGGAGCUUGCGGACGGUUGGGAUGGUGUUAUUAUCAACACUGAGUGGCCUUUCGACAUCUUUGACGGUGCCAUGAUCACCCUCGCUAUGAUCACGCUCAAUGUCAUUCACCCCGGUUUCUUCCUCGUACCAGAGGAGUACACUGAGGAAGAUGCCCUUGCAGCCAGGGGAGGGAAGACAAGUGCCGCGUCCACACAGUCAAUGCUCGAGUACCGCCCCAGCACUGCCACCACCGCUGUCUGA